UCAGUCAUUUGCCUUUACUCUUUUGGCGAAUUAGAUUGCGAUUUUCAAAUACCAUCUAAGCCUCUGCCUCCUGCUGAGAAAUGUGUGUCUAGUGAUAGCAUUACAGUAAAACUUGAGAAUCCAACACAAAACACUCAGCUGGAGUAUAAGAAAAGAGAAGAUGAUGAGUGGACAGUGAAGAACAUCCAUGACGAUCAUGAAGAAUUAAUUCUUUCAGGACUCCUUCCAGAGUCAGUCUAUCAACUGCGAUACAAGACUGUUUGCUGGUCAGAUGUGGGGGUAGCUAGUGAUGUGACUGAAAUUAAAACCCAUUGCAAGACCUCAGCAUGUUUACCUGAGCAAAAAAUAGAAGAAACUUUCAUAAAUAAACCCCCUGAUAUUAAAGACAGACUCGCUUUUAAACUUAAGUCUAAAGAUACUUUGCUAAAACAAGGUAGUCCUAGUUUUUAUCAACUGAAGUUGAGAUCAGAUUACAUCAACAAGUACAGGGAAAUAGUAAAAUGUACUUUUGGAGAACAAAUAAGCUACAGACCAAAAAGAACAAUAAUGCUCCUUGGAGCCACUGGAUCUGGGAAAUCCACACUCAUCAAUGGAAUGAUCAAUUACAUUCUCGGAGUUCAGUGGGACGAUGACUUGAGGUUCAAACUGAUUUAUGAAGAAACUUGUAAAUCUCAGGCUGAAAGUCAGACCUCUAAAAUUACUGCUUAUGAAAUGAAGCAUCAGGAUGGUUUCCAGGUUAAUUACUCCCUGACUAUAAUCGACACACCAGGAUUUGGAGAUACCAUGGGGAUUAAACGUGACCAAGAGAUCACCGCACAGAUAGCAGAAUGCUUUUUAAGCCCACAGGGCAUCCAACAAAUUGAUGCCGUGUGCUUUGUAGUUCAGGCCUCCCAAGCACGAUUAACCCAUGCACAAAAGUACAUUUUUGAUUCAAUUUUUGGUAAAGACAUAGCAAACAAUAUAUUGAUGCUCAUUACAUUUGCGGAUGGACAGCGUCCACCAGUCCUGGAUGCUAUCACUGCUUCCAACAUCCCAUGUAACACAGAUGACAAAGGGAACCCAGUUUAUUUCAAAUUCAACAAUUCUGCCCUUUUUGCUAACAAUAAGGAGUCUACCUGCAGUGAUAAGGUUUUUGAUAAAAUGUUUUGGGAGAUGGGUACGCAAAGUAUGAAAAGAUUUUUUGAUUCUUUGGAGCAGAUGAAUACAAAAAGUUUAACUCUUACAAAGGAGGUGCUUGAAGAGCGUAAACGUCUGGAAACAUCAAUAGAAGGUUUACUGCCUCAAAUCAGAGCAGGUUUGACUAAACUUGAGGAAAUUAGAAAGACAGAAGAGGCUUUAAAACAACAUAUGGAUCAAAUAGAGAGUAACAAGGACUUUGAGUAUGAAGUUGAAGUAACGGAGACAGUACGAGAGAGUAUAGCUGGAACUGGCAAAUUCAUAACUAACUGCCAGAAAUGCAACUAUACAUGUCAUUACCCAUGUGCUUUACCAAAUGAUGAACAAAAGAUCAAUUGUGCUUCUAUGAAAAAUGGGGAUUGUACUGUUUGUCCUGGCAAGUGUGUAUGGAGCGUUCACUCCAACCAACAGUACAAGUUUAACUAUGUAACUUCAAAGAUGAAGAGGACUUAUGAUGAGCUUAAGAAAAAUUAUGAAAAAGCAACAGGUGAAAAAAUGACAACAGAAAAAGUAUUUGAGCAGCUUCGACGUGAGCUUGAUGAAGUUGAAGAUGCUGUUUGUGCUCUCAUAGACAUCUCUCAUUACUGUAUAACACGGCUUGAGGAAAUUGCUCUCCGGCCAAACCCUCUCUCAACCCCAGACUACAUUGACCUCCUCAUUAACAAUGAAAAACAAGAAGCAAAGUCGGGAUUUCUGGAAAGAAUAAAAUCACUCGAGGAAGUGAAGCAGCAGGCUGUGAUAAUACAGAAACUCAAAAAUAAAGAAGAGCUUUUACCUUCUGAAAAAAUCAGAUACAACUAUAAAGAAGAGAGGAAGAAACAAAGGGGAGCUGUGGUAAGGCUGGUUGGGGCAGCAUACAGAGGAAUCAAAAAUAUAUUCACCUCUUGAAUCUCCUGAAUAUCAGCAAAUGUGCUGUCCUUACACUGGAAUGCUUCAAAGGUUAGCUGAUCAAGAAUAGACCAUUAAUACAUAGUCUAUAAUGUUUACUAUAGUGCAGUCCUAAGAAACUAAUGCCUUGUUAAAUAAAUAUAAAUUACUAACUUUCAUAUGAUUUAUCCACCUACUAAUACCAGUUGAUCAUAAUUUACAGUUUAAUAGUAUGCAUACAAUAUGAAGAAAACCAACUAAGACAAUCAAUGGAUACAGUUCAUUUUUAUCUUUAUGGUAAUGACAAGUAUGGAUAUCAUUUAAGCUUAUAAUAAAAUACUAACUAUACAAGAUUUAGAAAUGAUUUGUUACUUAUUUGUGCUGUAUUUGGAUUUAAGACCUUUGCUCUUAAUUCACCUUUUUUGGUUUCAAUGCAUAAGUUCAUUAAUGAUCACUUAAUAUUUUGACUAGUUCUAUAAUGCUAAAUAAUUUUCUAACUGCUUUAGAAAUCAUAUUAUUUUAAUACUCCAUGUAAAAUUUAGUAAAGGAAAUGCAAUUACCUCAGACCAGUAGCCAGUAUGACCAAUAAAGAAAUAAUAACUAAA